AUGAGUCCCAGCCCUGAGGUGGACUUGGUCCUGUAUUAUCCGGGAUCACACAGUCACAAGGGUCCCGAGAAGGAGGUGGCCAUGGCAUCUCAGACCCUAAUCUGUGGGGCAGGGAGGCCUGUGGAUGCGGGUGGCCCGGGGUCCUCGGUGUCUGUGGGUAGCUUGGGACACGAUGAGGCCCACGCCGGUGGCCAAGGGACCCAGAACCUUGGCAGCCGCCGCAGAUUUUCGGGGCAUGCUCCUUGGCCAGCUCAAGCUGUGGGCUGUCCCCGCUGGCCCAGGGCCUUUGCUGUGCCGCUGAUGUGUCCCAGAACCUCGUCCAGCUCAUGGAGGCUGGAUGAGGUGGGUGGGUUGGGUGCAGUCAGCAUCCUCUCCACAGAGGAGGAGCUCCGGAAGCUUCGAGAAGAAACCAAUGCAGAGAUGCUGCGGCAGGAGCUGGACCGGGAGCGGCAGCGGCGGAUGGAGCUGGAGCAGAAGGUGCUGAAGGCCAGAACCGAAGAGCAGACGGCUCAGCAGCCCCCGAAAGGGCAGGCCCAGGCCAACAAUGGAGCAGAGCGCCGGAGCCAGGGUCUGUCCUCACGCCUGCAGAAGUGGUUCUACGAGAGGUUUGGGGAGUACGUGGAGGACUUCCGGUUCCAGCCCGAGGAGAACACCGUGGAGACGGAGGAGCCCCUCAGCUCCCGCAGGUUAACUGAAAACAUGAGGCGGCUCAAGCGCGGGGCCAAGCCCAUCACUAACUUUGUGAAGAACCUCUCCGCCUUAUCCGAGUGGUACUCUGUCUACUACACGUCUGCCAUUGCCUUCACCGUGUACAUGAACGCCGUGUGGCAUGGCUGGGCCAUCCCAUUGUUCUUAUUUCUAGCAAUUCUGAGGCUGUCCCUCAAUUACCUCAUCGCCAGGGGCUGGCGGAUACAGUGGAGCAUCGUGCCGGAAGUGUCUGAGCCCGUGGAACCUCCAUAGGAAGACCUGACUGUGUCUGAGAAGUUCCAGCUGGUGCUGGACGUCGCCCAGAAAGCCCAGAACCUUUUCGGCAAGAUGGCCGACAUCCUGGAAAAGAUCAAGAACUUGUUCAUGUGGGUCCAGCCGGAGAUCACACAGAAGCUGUACGUGGCACUCUGGGCCGCCUUCCUGGCCUCCUGCUUCUUCCCCUACCGCCUGGUGGGACUCGCCGUGGGGCUCUACGCUGGCAUCAAGUUCUUCCUCAUCGAUUUCAUCUUUAAACGCUGCCCGAGGCUGUGCGCCAAGUACGACACGCCCUACAUCAUCUGGAGGAGCCUCCCCACUGACCCCCAGCUCAAGGAGUGCUCCAGUGCUGCCGUCUCACGCAGACUGCAGACGACCUCGUCACGGAGCUACGUCCCCAGCAGCACACCAGCCGGCCUGGGUAAGGAGGAGGACGCCGGCCGCUUCCACAGCACCAAGAAGGGCAAUUUCCACGAAAUCUUCAAUCUGACGGAAAAUGAGCGUCCACUGGCGGUGUGCGAGAACGGCUGGCGCUGCUGCCUGAUCAACAGGGACCGGAAGAUGCCCACAGACUACAUCAGGAACGGGGUGCUCUACGUCACGGAGAAGUGCUGUGUCUGGUGGGAAGGGAGUGUCGCUGUCCACCCACGGGGGCCUGAGGGGCAGCAUCCUGGACUCCCCCACCUGGUGGGAGCUCGUUCUGGUUCAGGAGCAGGCGGUGCCUCUGUCCGUUCCCCUUCCAAUUACUUAUGCUUCGAAAGCUCCAAAUCCGGGUCCUCAAAGAGGAACAAAGUCAUCAAGCUGGUGGACAUCACGGACAUCCAGAAGUACAAGGUCCUGUCUGUCCUCCCGGGUUCAGGCAUGGGGAUUGCUGUUUCCACGCCAUCAACCCAGAAACCACUCGUGUUUGGCGCCAUGGUGCACAGGGAUGAGGCCUUCGAGACCAUUUUCAGCCAGUACAUCAAGAUCACCUCAGCGGCAGCAUCCGGCGGUGACAGCUAGUAUUGACUUGCCCGGGUCAUUGCUGGAAUUUUUUUUUUAACAAUUUGGUAGUGGAGACAAUUGGACAUCCUCAUGAGCUUUUGCAAUAAUUCUCCUGGACCUGUGGUUCUAUUGUGUUGACCUCUGCGUUUCAUUGGCCAUGAAGGGGCCAGGGCUCACAGGGACGGGGGUGUCCCUCUGAGGGACACCUGUGGACUGGGGGGGCAGAGGCCCUCGGGGGCCCAUGGAGAGGACAUACAGGACCCCGGGCCCUGCCCUUCUCCAUUCUAGCCUGUACAGAGAAACCUCUCUGGCUGCCCCAAGAGGUUCUCGCAACCUUGUGUCCUGCUCUCCAGAGGCCGGAAGCUCGUCCACCACCAAAGCCAUAGCUGAGGAGUGCAGGCCCCUCCCCCUGGGGACAGGAAGAUGUCAUCGUGGAGGGACAUGGGGGAGCUUCACCAACCACUGAGACAGGCCUGGCAGCCCUCCUUCCCCUUCCACAAGACCAUCCUGCUGGGUUUGCCCUUGGCACCGGGUCAGGGCCGGGCACAGCGUCCCUGCCUGUGCUCUACACUCGCUCCAUGGGAGCAGGAGAGUGAGACGGGCCCACCCCUUGCCCGCCCUCUGCCCGCCCUCGGUGUCUUCCGUGGCGCUUUCCUCGCCAGCCUCCAGGGCGCUCAGCCCCUCAUCAGUGAGGGCGCCUGCUGCUCUCUGCCUGACGCACCGGCCAGGAGGUCUGUGGCGGGUGACCAGUAAGGGCACAGGAUGGUGUGCAGGGAAGAGCACAUCUUUCUCACACUUGGCUCUUUGGAAGGCCCAGGAGAACAUCCAAGAAGGCUGUCGGGGGUGCUCUGAGCACUGUGGCUUGUCCAGCCCGUGGCCUCUAGGCUGCGGCUGCCUGGAUUGGUGGGGGGAGGGAGCGGGCAGCAGCGUUCCGGGUCCGUGGUGGCCCAGGCUGCAGCCACCUUUGGGCCGUGGGAGCAGCUCGGGCAGCCCCUGUGCUUUAGGGAGCGCCUGUGAGCCGAGCCCAGAGGCUUGGGCCUGCACUGUCUACAGCCGAGGCGGCACAGUCUUCCCUCCCCUACGUGCCUAGUCGUGCCAGUUCAGCACAGACCCCUCCCAGCCCCCGCCCCGCCCCAGGGAAGCCUGCACUUCCUGGGAACAAGGUGGGUUUGUGGAGGGAGCACCCCACAGGCCUGCUUCGCUGGGGCCUCCUGCACUGGGCUGAAGGGAGGGAAAGGAGGCCUGGGUCUCAUGGACGGAGGUGGCUUGCGCGUCUGCUGGGGUGGAUUCCGCAGCCCCCUCAGCUCGUCCCUUGGGUGUCGUUGAGAUUGUUGUUUUUUGAAGAAACAGAAGAUUAUAUUUUUUACAGAGAGCAAGCUGUUUUUCUUAUUUUUAUAUCAUUUUUCAGAUGUAAUUUUUACCUUUGCUCCAAUCCUCAUUUCCUGGUGUGGGUGAGGGGUCCGGGGGCACGGGCUGGUUUCACCUGCUUCCUGGGGGCUGCAGGGUCACACGCUGGGGCCGGGGUGCUUUGCAGGGAGCCGCGCCGACCACCAGAUUAAGCACACAUCCCAUCCCGGGCAGCAGAACCCCCUCAGUUCUAGGCUGCACAGACAUCGGCGUCCAGGUGACGAAUGGGGGCAGAACCCGCUCUGAGCCAUGGGUCUGGCCCCUCGAGGGGUGCACCAGGGGAGGGGGCCCACCUCAGUGAACCCCACCUCGCUGCCUGAGGCAACAAGGCAACAUAGGGUGGGUGCUGACCCACCCCCAGGGGUGGCUGUAGGGGCAGUGCUACAGUCGAUGUCACACCCUUCUCCCCUGGGCUGGGCUGGGCAGUGCCUGAGGGUGGGUCCAGGGCCUCCAGGCCAGUGAGCGCCUCUUCUUAGGUGCUGAGAUUCUGUCCCCAAACACAGCAGGAGGGCUCCCUGGGGCCGAUGGGGCUCCUUUACCAGAGUCGUGUGGUUUAGUUCGAGUCCCUUUUCUGGAGAAAGGGAGAUGAAAACUGACCACCUGCCGUGUGUGGCCGCAGACCUCCAGGCAGGGCCGGCUGCUGGAAGCGGGGAGAGGGAGGGCCAUGGCUGCCAGCACAGGCCCCUCCCUGGAGGUCCUCAGAGCAGAACUCAGACUGGCGCAGGCUCUGGGCUCCCUGUUGAGAGAAGCUGUAGUUUUUACCAAACUGUGUACAUCUGGGCAGAUAUUUAAUUUCUAUGACUAAUCACUGAACUAGAUGAAUGUUAAAUUUUUUAUGUCUGAAGCCUGAGUCUAUUUUGGAUCUGUGAAUAAUUGUUGCCAGUGUGACUUUUGUUCAACAAAAGGAUUGGACCGUAUUAAGAACCGAUGAAAAAACUUCCCUGUAACAUUUUUUAAAGAAAACUUUGUUUGUUUAAAGAAGAAGUCUUGUAUAAAUUAUAAUUUUUAUUUAAAUAAACCUAAAAUGCUUUGUGCUAAG